AUGGAGAAGUAUAGAAAAGUUCGCCCUGUUAGGGAACCAUUAGGUAAUGAUGAAAUACGUGUUACUACUAGCGGUCAAGGAAGAGGUCGUGGUGGAUACCGUGGUGGAUUACGUAAUAGAGGGAGUCCGCGUACAGUAGGAGGAGGGAGAGGAGGAGGACAAGGAGGAGGAGGACAAGGAGGAGGAGGAGGACAAGGAGGAGGAGGAGGACAAGGAGGACAAGGAGGAGGAGAAGAAGAAGAAGAAAUUAAUAAUAAUAAUAAUAUAAAUAAUAAUAAUAUUCAUGAUGGAGGUGUAGAUACACACAAUAAUGAUCAUCAUAAUACUUAUAAACCUAGAGGAAGGGGAAGAGGAGGAUUUAGAGGAGGAUACAGAGGAGGGUACAGGGGGGCCCCCAGAGGGGCCCCUCGUGGUCGUGCAGAGUAG